AUGAAGGAGUAUUUGAUAUUCAUUUCUUGGCUUCUUGUUGCUGUAUUGUUUAACUGGGUGGUCUCAACGGGUACUUUUGACCAGUUAUCAGGUGAGAUUUGAUAGAGUCCUGUUUUGUUCAGUUUAGUUUUAAUUAAUAUAAUUCGCCAAUAAAUAUAACAAAGGCGAUUACUGAAACCAUUUAGAGAUUAGAUAGAUAACUUACAGGAAUUUUACUCAAAACAAAAUGUCUCCUGGCUCAUUCUUGUGAAUUUUGUUGUCGAUUUAAUCUUUUUAGACGUUUACAGUUUACUGACUAAAAUAAUGAUACAUAUAAAUGAACUGUUUAGCUAGUUCUAGCAAAGAGCUGAAGCAGUUCGAUUAUUAUAUGGAUUUUAACAUUUAGUAAGCCAAGUAAUUUAGAGAAUUAAGGAUUUCAAAACAAGGCACACAGAGAAGUCUUAAAGAAUAAAUUGUUAGGUUAUUUUGUAUUACCACAGUCACUUUUGUGAAUAGAAGACUCACAUGUAUUUAUCCGGUAUGUACGUUAAGAGGUAUUUUUUCCUUUACAGUUUAAAAGCACUUGGUUAUCUAUUCAGUUUACGCGUUUUCAAUUUGCAUUUACUUAACUUUGACAUGAAAUAUGGUUACAGCUCUCACUAACAUCCACCAGCUAAUUGAAGAGUUACGAUAUAAGAGAUAUUCCCUAUCAUUUAUGAGCGCACUGAUUUUAAUUUUAUCAUCACACAGUUCGGGCAGAAACGCCAGGGAGAGUUGGAAGGACACGAAGUGAAAUUGACUUGGAAACAGGUUUGUCGCUAACGGAAGGCACUUUCCCCUUCUAUAACAUGUAAAUAUAGGUUCUCGAACUUAAAUGUUAUUCGCACCCAGCAAGUCAAUGAUAAGUGAAUUUAGUGAAAAACAGAAAAGAUUCCGAAAGUCAAUUCAAAGCGCUUAGAGAAGACCAUUUUUGAAGAAUGAAUGUUAACGCACUGAGAUCCUUGAAACGUGAAGGAAAAGCCUAAAGCGCUAUUUCCUAUUUCCUUGACCUUCUACAACCAGCAUUUUACCUGGAGAACGCGGCUGUCACUUUCCACCUAGGUAACACUACAUAAAGAGGUUUAUAGGCAGAUUAUUGACCGCUGCACUGACAUGUGAACGAGCUCUGGUGUACUAUUCACCAUUAACCUAAUAUUGUAGGCUGCCAAUUUUUAUAUUUCCCAGUACUUUAAAGCUGAUGAAUGGACAACUUUUUUCCUCAGAAAAAUCAGUCAUUGUUUGCGCUGGUCAGAACAAGUCCCUCGAAUGCGUGUCUCCUGGCUCAAGCAUCGCUAUACAGGAAGCCUUUUGGGGUCGCCUUUCAUCCGAAAUUUGCCCCUCCGAAGAUGGAGAUCCGGUCACCAAUUGUCUCAGUGAUCCUUCCACCACCCCUAUUGUGCGAAAGCUGUGCGAUGACAAGGAAUACUGCGAGAUUCCCGCCAGGCAUAGUAUUUUGCAGCCACCAGGAGUGAAACAUUGCCCAGGUGUUAAUAAAUACUUGGCAGUCAAGUACACGUGCAUUCCAGAGAAACGAAAGUUUGUGUUGUGCAACGGUGAGACGACAGAGCUUACGUGCGGUCAAGGAUGGAAGAUUCAUGUUCUAUCAGCAUAUUGGGGGCGGGAUUCCCCUUCUACCUGUCCCACACCCCUCGGAAAGUUUUUUACGUGCGCCAACUCAGCAGACAGUUUGUUAGCUUUGAAGUCUAAGUGCUCUGGGAAAGAGAGUUGUAUCGUCACUGCGGAUGAUCAUCAUUUGACUAAAGGUGGAGAACACUGUCCAGGGAUUGACAAGUACGCUGUCAUUAGCUACAAAUGCCAGCCAAGCGAGGAAGAAGCAAGUAAGUUGCGUUCCAAAAGUCUAGAGAGGUUAAAAAUUAUCGUAUUGAUAUUGUUAAGGUGUCGAUUAAAGUCUCUUGUCGAUUGGCACCGAUGAGGAAACCUUAAAGAGGUCCCUUGGCCAAUCUUGAGCCUAGUCGACUCUUUUGGUUUUCCUUUUUGCAGUUUUCGCUUGAGUUCUUUUUUCUUGGUCACUAUUCUAAAGUUAUUGUACUAUAUUUGUUAGCACGAUUCGCCCCUAAAUCGUUUUUUCCGAUAGGAAAAAAACAAACAAGAACCAAUUUUUUUGUGUGUGUCAUUUUAGCAGAUGGGCAUGCAGAAGAUCAAAAUUACCUUCCAGAUUCAGAACAAUAUGACGCAGUGCAUUCUUCGUUGGACCUAACAUCGAGUAGCAAGAGUCCAGCCCCCCAGUCCACAAUGGGUGAAUUGAACUUGAGCAUGUUGCUUCCAGUUCCUCAAGGAAAAGGUACAGAUAAGCUGAAGCCAAUUAUCGAAUACCUGGGAGGGGAAUCCCAAGUCAGAAAUUCAACGUUGCUUGGCGAAAAUCUACCUAUCCCAAAGGAUUCCCCGCCGACACCGGUGGACACAAAGGAAAAGUCAAAACUGCAAGUUGGCAUUACACCUUUGAAGGUGUUUUCUGGAGGCAGUACUUCGAAUUCUAACGCCGAUAUCACACACACACAUGAUGAGUCAUCGGGCAUAAGCAAAACAGGUUCUGCCUUGGGUCCAACGGGAUACAGUGAUCACAUCAGCCAGCCUAAUAAUUACGAUAUUGCUACUGCUGUUGCAAAAACAUCAGCCGAUAUGUCAUCAAAUAUUUCACCUCUCAGUAAUACUCAGGAUUUAGUUAAAAACUUUCUUGCCAGUAAUUUUGGGCAGGGACUUGCCAAAGGACUUUUAGCCCUGGGAACACUUGGAGAUUCGUCGUACAAAAAUUUAAUGGCCCAACAUUUUGGAUCUUCGGUUAAACCAGCAGUGGAACCAAACCUUCAGACUCCGCUAAACGCAAGAUUGAUUGAAAACAUCCUGCCUGGGUUGUUGCUUCAAUCCUCCAAACAAGAUACAACAGCUACAGGCGGCAAAAGCUUGUCGACGCCUGUUAUCUCUAUAGGUAAUAAGGUUUUUGCUCUGAAUGAUCUUUCAAGUGUUUUAAAUACUGCCAACGGCAAUAAAUCGACAGACAACAGCUUGAUUAUGAGUGCAAUAAACGGCAGCAGAAAACACUCGGUUAAGCAAACCAACAAAGAACAAAUCAAAAAGCUAGAUGACAAAAUUGUUACAUUGGAAACUUUAAGUGAUGCUUUAGAUGCUCUAACAGCCAAGCUAUCAUCAGAUGAAAGCUCAAAACAUGCUCGCAACCAAAAUCACUUACCAAUCUCACCAGACGCCAAGUAUCCAAAUCUCCAAGAGGGACCGCAACUUAAAAACCAGUAUAUGCAUUAUCGUCAUCCCCAUCACCGUCAUCAUCAUCAUCACCACAGGAAGAGCCCGCUUGAUGAAGACAUGGAGAUGUUAGGAGCACUCUUAUCUGGAGGUGAUGUUACACAAUCUGGCUCAAUUGAAAAACAAGUGUUCAGUAAUGACGAUGAAAUGGACCCCAACAAUAAUUUAGAGAUAAAUGGCCAAAUGAACACAGCAGAACUGGAAAUGGUCCAAAGCAAAAUAAAUAACGCCAUAGAAAUGGCGGAAGCUGUGGGACAACAGAAUGCAAACACAAGAGAGAACGUCGUAAAAAUUGGCACCAAUAGUUCUAACCUACAAAAAUCCCCCUCCAGAGAUAGUGGCUUUCUUAUGUUGAAAAAUAUUCUCGCUGGACUGGUUGACGACGCGCUAAAACGAGGUACAAUAAACGAUCUGAUUCAAAAAUGGAAUGCUAGUGGAAGUCCGUUUGCGGAGAUAGCUCAAAAUAUUUCCUCAUUUUUACAAAACAAUGGUGCCUUAAGUAACCCACUUGACAAAAAAGUGGUCGAAGCAGGCUUUCAUGCAUUUCCCUUGAAACAUCCGACAGUCAAAAAUAAUCAGUCGAAUUCCAAGCUAGCUGAAGGAAUCACGAGCUUAAAUAAGACAGCUUCAAUUGAUAAUGUUCUCCUUACUAAAGCUGUGAAUAGUAUCAUUGGAAUACUAUCAAAACGUCAGAACUCUCUCGAAGGCAAUUCUACCAACAGAUCAUUGUAUGAGACAAUUGACACACUCACCAACUUCAAAGGAAUUCUGUUAGGUGGACGUAUAAGCAAAAUCACUCCACAAGAGGAUGUUAUCACUCAACUGGGGAGAAAGAUUGUGGCGAUUCUGAAAGCGCCCCAUAAUUCCUCUGUACAAGAGAACCUUGAAAUAAAAAGCAAAAACCGAUCUAAAAGCGGUAUCAACAUUGAUCAGCCGCAACGUCCUGACUUCGAAACAAUACGGAAACCGUUCCAUGAUGACGAUUCAAAAGAGAAACUUACGUUUUCCAAUUACAACACGAAAAAUAUGUCCAAGUCUAUACAGAAUACGACCUUAAUGGAUUUUAUGAACAGCAUGUCAAGAGACGACAACCUACAUCCUCUUACAAGUCAUAAUAAACCAGGAGAUAAAUACUCCAAAGUGAAGGCGAGUGACUUGAUGUCCGCGGUCAUAGCAAGUCUCUUAAAUGUGAAGGACACCAAUGAAGACAGCUCAGCAAGGAAAAAGCCAAAAAUUCACCACGAUGAAACUGAAAAUGAGCGUUUGGCACAUGUUGUGCCGACUGACCACACCUUGGGUGACCUUUCUGAAACAGAUGCAAUUUUGGAGGCGCCUAACGACCAUGCAGGGGAAAGAAAAAAGGUUACAAAACUUUUAGAUAAAAAUCUCAAUCCUGCUGUGCCUAUCCUUACUUUGCCAGAAAACAGGGCAACCAACUCCACGAAGUCAAAAGACAUUGAUAAACUUGGCUCAGGUGACCAAAUGGUAACAUUUACGUUAGAGACCGUUGAUGCUACACCAGUUCCUUCAGUUAAAAGCAAAGAGCAGCCCCUGGCUAAACAAAAAAUUGGUUUGCGAAGCAGUAAGGUUCCUCAUUACCUCAAUAUUCAGUCGGCGACAACACUGGGAAAGAUCAAUUCCACAUCAUCUAAAGAUACUGAACAUUCAUUUAAGCAACACCAAAUACUGCAAGUGCCAGGGGUACUCUCUGAUCCAACCGCAGGGACAAGUCAGGUCGAAGCUUAUUCAAAGUCGUCAGAUGGCGAUGUGUUGCCAACGACGCUUUCGCCGUCUUCACAAAAUAGUGCAGGUUCCCAAACGAAAUCAAUGACGGACCUUCCCUUGGGCCUUCAGAUGAAUGCGAUAGGGAGAAUCGCGACAGACGAGGAUGAAGAUCAUUCCACUGUGAAACCUGUCGAUCUCGCUGCUGCUCUAACCUCAACAUCAUCUCUCCGUUCUGAUAGCCUGGGUUCAAAAAGUGCGGAAACAAAGUCGUUUCAGGAUAAACCUUUGCCGAUUGUUUCGGAUUUAUUUUCAACAACCGAUAGUGAAACUGGAGGGGAAACGGAGGCUAUUGUCUCAAAAACUGCACAAACAGCUGCAGACAGGCAGAUUAAGCCGACCUCUCCGGAAAUAGAGCUUCCAAGUGCUUCUGAAAUCAGGGAAAUAUCUACUUCUAUGAAAGCUUUGUUGAAAACUCUUCGCGGCUACGCUAACAAGUUGAAGCUAGAGGACGAAGCGGAUGAUUCAUCGAGUGGUCAGCUUCCUGUCCGAAGUAAAACAGCAGAUAACAUGAAUGUCAACGACAAAAAUGUGAAGGAACCUGCUACUGGGAUAAAUUCUUUUCAUUUGAAGACUACACGUUAUGAAAGCCCCCAGACCAGUCUGAGUUCAUCGAAAUACAAAAAUCCGUACGCUAACUUUCUUCAGGCAUCACCACUUCAAACCAGCUAUGUGGAUAGCGGUGGGUUUGAAAAUAUUCAAGAGCAGCCGAAUGCUGAGGUAAACAGUUACAACUGGAACUUUGCACCAGAGCAGGUACAUGCACAAAGGCUGUUGGAUUCAAACCCCACGAAAAGUAGUCUACAACCUCAAGUGGGCGCAGAACAGUGGAACCCAGGACGCGAGGCUGCUUCGGUAGCUGAAGACCUCAAAGAUCUGAAUUUGCCUUCGAUCGAGGAUGACCCAGCGGUGCAGGCAGUACAACAUAUGGAAGCUGAAGAUAACAUGUUGGCAAGUCAAAAACGUAAAGCCAUUCAAAGACACGAGCAACAAAAUUCAACGGCUAAGGCUAAACCUUCAAUCAAAACGCUUGGAGUUUUUGGAAGGAAUACCAUACCAAAACAUAAAGGCAAGAGUCGUCUGCGAAAUGAGGCUCGAGUGAAGUCGCAUAAAAUGAAAGCUGCUUUUUCUAAAAAAGGAAACGUGAAAAUGAAACCGAGAGGAAAAAUAAAUGAGAAAAAUGGGACCUCACGUGAAACUAACAGCAUGAACGUUUCCUAUGUGGGCACUCAUAACAUCAAAAUCACCAUAAAGGAAAACGGUACCAACGGAAACAAAUCUCAUGGGCUAAGGAUGGGUGGAAACAAAAGUAGAAUGAACAAACUUAUUAGUAGAGAUGACAUUCCUGGCAGUGCGGGAAAUCAAAGACUAUCACACGAUUCUGCGGCUCCGCACACUCAUAAUGACAAGAUAAAAAAGCCUAAACUCUCAUUUAAGAAAACCCUUUAUCAUACGCAGCCUAAUUCAACUUUGAGGGAAGUGGAGAAGAGACAGAGUCAACCCAAACCAAGACGUAAACCGUAG